CUCAUUGUCAGUCUGGGGGAGCCUGAGCAGGCGCCGGCUGCUGGGAGCGAAGCGCCGGAUCCUUCGGCGGCGGGACCGCGGGCCGGAGCGGCAGAGGGCAAGAGACAGCUACCAGUGAAAGGCAGUGAUUGUUUCCAAGACAGCAGGCAGUGGGGAGGGCAACGAGAAGUCACCACGGAAAGCUCCCAUUACCUAAAUGAUUUAUAAUGGUCUUCAGUUGCCAAAGGCGGCUGUGGAUGCCAAGAGAAAGGUAACCAGUUUCUCCAGUGCAGUUGGAUGCCUCUAGCAGUCCACCUUGGCUGGCUGUAGACAUGGCAGACAUGGCCAGCUACAAGGAUGCUGCCUCCAGUCGCCAUCUGCGGUUUAAGUUACAGAGCCUGAGCCGCCGCCUUGAUGAAUUGGAGGAAGCCACAAAAAACCUCCAAAAAGCUGAGGAUGAGCUCCUGGACCUCCAGGACAAGGUGAUUCAGGCGGAGGGCAGUAACUCCAGCAUGCUGGCUGAGAUUGAGGUGCUGCGCCAGCGGGUACUGAAGAUUGAAGGUAAAGAUGAGGAAAUUAAGAGAGCAGAGGACCUGUGUCAUAUGAUGAAGGAGAAACUUGAGGAGGAGGAAAACCUUACCCGGGAGCUAAAAUCUGAGAUCGAGUGGCUUCAGAAACGAAUGGCCGAGUUAGAGAAGCUGGAGGAGGCCUUGAGCAGGAGCAAGAAUGAGUGUUCCCAGCUCUGUCUGAGCCUGAAUGAAGAGAGAAACCUGGCCAAGAAAACCUCCUCUGAGCUGGAGCUGCUCCGGGUCAAGGUGAAAGAGCUGGAGUCUUCGGAGGACCGCCUGGGUAAAGCUGAGCAGAGCUUAGUGUCAGAGCUAGAAAAGCUAAAAUCGUUGACCCUGAGCUUCGUAAAGGAGAGGAAAUACUUGAAUGAAAAGGACAAAGAAAACGAGAAAUUAAUAAAAGAGCUUACUCAAAAACUGGAGCAGAACAAGAAAAUGAGCAGAGAUCACACGAGGAAUGCUUCCACUCUUUCGGAGAGGAGUGACCUGCGCAUCGAGGAUGGCAUCUCCUCCACAUUGCCACCCAAAGAACCGAGAAGGAAGGGCAGUCUGGACUACCUAAAGCAGGUGGAGAAUGAAAGCAGAGACAAAUCAGAAAAUGAAAAGAAUCGGAACCAGGAGGACAACAAAGUUAAAGACCUCAAUCAAGAGAUUCAGAGACUCAAGACACAAAUCAAACACUUUGAAUCUUUGGAAGAAGAGCUUAAGAAAAUGAGGGCCAAAAACAAUGACCUUCAGGAUAAUUACCUAACUGAACUGAAUAAAAACAGAAUCUUAGCUAGCCAGCUAGAGGAGAUAAAGCUGCAAGUCAAGAAACAGAAAGAGUUAGGAAAUGGGGACAUAGAAGGGGAAGAUGCUUUCCUAUUGGGCAGAGGCAGGCACGAGAGGACUAAGUUCAGAGGUCAUGGGGGUGAGGCAUCCAUGUCCAGGCACACACCCCGGGAACUGUCCCCUCAACAUAAGCGGGAAAGGAUCCGGAACAGGGAGUUUGCUCUCAAUAAUGAAAACUAUUCUCUAAGCAACAAGCAGGCUUCUUCUCCUAUUUUUGCCAACAGAAGGGCAGCAAAAGCUUCCAACAUGGGAGUGGGUGCAGACAGUGGACCCCAGGAGACAAAGAGAGCUGAAGACCGAUUUGUACCUGGGUCCUCUCAGAGUGAAGGGAAGAAGGGUAGGGAACAGCCAUCAGUGCUUAGCCGGUACCCGCCUGCUGCCCAGGAGCACAGUAAGGUUUGGAAGGGGACUCCCAAGCCAGGCACUGAGGGUGGACUUAAGGGGAAAGUAGAGAAGACAACUCGAACGUUUGGUGACUCCACCCAUGGAUCUGUUCCUAAUGAUACAGUGGGUAGAGGAGACAAGACUUCUGAGAUCUCCUCUGAGGCCCACUACAGCAAGAGAGGACAGAUGCCUGGCAGUGGAAGUCAGGUGACUCAGGCUGCAGAUUUGGGCUGUUCUAAGGCCACUGGAACUCUGUCCUCCUGUCAAAGAGCCUCCUCAGAAGGGAUUUCUAAGGGCAAAAAGACUGCUAAUGGACUGGAAGCUGAUGCUAAUUUUCCAAAUUCUAAAGCUCCUACUUUAUCAAAGUAUCCUUAUAGUUCAAGAAGCCAAGAAAAUAUCAUUCAGGGCUUUUCAAUGCUAAAUAAAGAAGGAGUUGAUCAGUCUGUAGCAGUUGUCACGGAAGACAGCAGUCAGCAUGAAGCUCUGAGGUGCCGGGUCAUCAAAUCCAGUGGCAGAGAGAAGAUGGACUCAGAUGAUGACUUGGACAUAGAAUCUCUUGUCACUGCCAAGUUGGUGAGCACAACUAUCACUCCAGAGCCAGAGCCCAAACAACAGCCAAACUCUAGAGAAAAGGCCAAGACCCGAGGGGGACCUAGAACUGCCCUGUUUGAAAAUAAUAAAAAUGCUGCAAUAGAAAACGAACCUGUGAAACCUACCAGAGCUUCCUCCGCUGUAGAAUUCCCAGAUGCCAAUGGUGCUGGGGUGAAAAACCAAAGGCCCUUCAGCCCCAGAGAGGCCCUGCGGUCUAGAGCGAUUAUAAAACCUGUUAUCAUUGAUAAGGAUGUGAAGAAAAUCAUGGGAGGAUCUGGAUCUGAGGUUGUCCUGGAGAAGCAGAGGUCCACCUCUAAACCUGUGACAAGCAAAGUGACAAGCAGCAUCACCAUCUACCCCUCGGACAGCAGUGGCCCUAGAGCCAUCCCAGGAGAGGCCCCAAGGGAGAGGCAUACCUCCACCAGCAACAUCCAGGUGGGGACCCCAGAGCUCACAUCAGUUAGCAACCAUGUCAGUUCGCCCCUUGAGCUCUCUAUUCAUAAACAUGACAUCACCUUGCAGCUCACAGAAGCUGAAAGAAUGGGAGAUGGGUGUCCAAAGAAUAGACCAGAGACAGUGGUCUCUCGGAGCAGCAUUCUAAUUAAGCCAUCAGAUUCUGUGGAGAGGAAUAGUCAUGCCCCCCCAGCGGAGACAAUCAGGUGGAAAAGCCAUAGCACCUCUUCAGAGGUAGGUUCUUCAGAUACCAGACACGUCACUGUGCGGAAUGCUUGGAAGAGUAAGCGAGACUUGAAAUGUUCAGAAGAUACCCCAACUCGAGUAGGUAGGCACAUGGAAUCUACCAAUGCCUACACACAGAGGUCUUCCACAGACUUCUUAGAGCUUGAACAGCCCAGGUCCCUCCCUUCUGAACAGGGCACUCGAAAGGUAGGAAAUGCAGGGGACGCUCCUGAACUCUCCUCUAGAAGGACCCAAAGUAGCCUCACCGCAUCAGAGGUUCUCACCCGGAGGAAUCGGAUAGGAGAUGCCAUCACUGCCGCUUCCUGGAACCACUCAGCAAGCAUGGAGGAAGGGGAGGACGGCACAUGUGUUAUCAGCAGGCGAGUGCACAACGCCCUGGAGCAUUCUGAACUGCCUGGGAAGCAGGGGUUGCCAGAGUCUGAGCAAGUCUGGGCUGAGGAGCAACUACAGCCGGCCAGGCCAUAUGCUGAGGAAGACUGAGCCAGCUAGGUGACAUCUGCUAUUUCUUCCCUCCUCCUGCUUCUCAGCUCCUCCCCUUUCCUGGCCUGAGAAGGAUCCAAGGCCAGUUAAUCAGGCUAGACACAAAGGCCUUGGCUGGGAGACUGUAGAGAGCCAGGCUAUGGCUUAGGUAAUUUCUGUCAGUUGUCCAGAUAGGAUCAGACUGCAAACCAGUCACUCAGGCCCAGCCUUCCCUGAUGCAUGAGUAGUCCUUUCUCCUAACCCCGCCCCCAAGGAAGCAUGGACCACUCUCAGACCCCCAAAUGGGAAGUAACAGAAACCCACCACCGUAGAAGCAGCCGAAAGCUCUCUUCUCUGCUCCUUGAUGGGCUGUUUGUAUCUCAAAGCCCAGCCCCUUUUGCUAUGGAGUUGAUGCCGAUUGGUCUUCUUACCGUUUCCAGUUGGCUCCUUGUUUGCCCUAAAGGGACCACCCAAGAAACCAUCAGCCAUCAUUCCAUCUAGGGGACCUACAUUCCUGUCUUUGAGUUCUUGAGAAUUUGGAAACAGAAAAAGGGUCUGUGCUGUGCCUCUUAGUAAUUAUGAAUAUGGGACCACCUUUAUGCUGAAGCUUCCUGACUCAGCGUUUGGCUAACCAGUUUCUUGGAGGCAGAGCAUGAUACCAAAUGGAGUCCUACCAUCCUCCAACUUCAGUUCCCAGCUUACCUUCCAAAGGCAUCAGAAACAAACAGAUCUCAUGCAUCUCCUCUCCUGGGCACCAACAUUGCUGCUGGCGUCGCCUCUGCUCUCGCCGGGGGCUGGAAACUUCAGCUGACUUCAUCAUUUUUAUCUUGGGGAAAUCCCUAGACUGAGCUGGCUGACCCAGCAUACUCUGCCUUCUAGGAAGUGCCCAGCAAAUGGGAAAGAACAAGAACAAUCGAAUCCCUUUAGUCACUCCACAAAGCAAUAGCUCCAUGAAAGGCAUGGGCUGACUGCUCUCUCCCAUUCCUCUUCCUUCCCAUGGAGGAGGCCUUGCACUUUACCAUGCUGACUGCUGAUGCACCAUUCCCACAAAAGCAAGCCCUUGGUAUCUACGAGUAGAUCAUUAUUUCAGUGAUUUCAUUGGAGGAAAGCCAAUACCUGCCUGUUGAGGGCCUCAGAUUUAUGCAGUUCAAAGUGCAUUAAACCUUUUAGGAAGGCAGAUAAAUAAAAAACACUUUUAUCUCCUUAUACCAACCACAUGGGGAGGUUAACUAUUUGCUUGUUGCUGAAUUUUUUGAAGCAUUCUUUCUGUUCAAAGGGAUCCUCCAUGGCUACCUAUGUGAAGUGGAUGCCAUUGCCUUAUCACUGGACUAGGAGUCUGGAAUGCCAUUCUCCCCAUCCCUCCUGGCUUUGCCACUCCUUGCUCUGUGGUCUUUGGCAAAUCAUUGUCUUCUUGGAGCCUCAGUUUCCCCUAUCUUUAAGAUGAGUUCUUUGUUGGUUUUUCAUUUGUUGCUCACGUCUGUACACAUGUGCAUGCUGGGGUUGAACCUAGGACGUGGCACGCUAGGCAAGUGUUCUGCCAUCGCUGCUUCACAGCUCAAAAUGAGUUUUCGAGUGGAUGACCUCUAAGGCCUUAAUUGUGGUGUUCCAAACUUGUUUUCACCAUUCUGCAUGGGCUGACUCUUGCUUUUGGAAGGUGGUGUCCACAGGAGUCUGGGGAAUGUCUUUCUGCCCUCAGUUGUCUUCUGGGUCUUAUACUUUCUCCUUUCCUCAUGUUUCUGUCAUGGGGAUAAGCUCUGAGAACUCUGUAAGGCCCAACUUAAGUCUGAGGUGAAGGGAUUAGAUUGCGUGGUCUCAGGUCUACGUGGCACCAGUAUUUCCCAGUGCCACAUUUCCUGGCUUUCAAGCUAGGUGCUUUCUAUAACACAAGUCUGUUUGAUUCCUGUUUCCGUGCCUCUCCUGUGAAUUCUCUGGCAACAGAGAAGACUCAGGACAUCCUCAGGAGGACUGAGUAGUCUCCUCCACCCUUACUCAGCACACACACUGGCACUCAUCUGCCCGUCUGCAUCAGACUCAGCCAUCCUGCCAGGGUGUGGGGAGAUCUACUUGUUUUUUUGUUUUUGUUUUUUGUUUUGUUUUGUUUUGUUUUUUGUUUUAAACCCCAGGGACAGGAACAACUCUCUAGCACUUCUGUUUUAAUGGAGUUUUGCUAACCUGAGGGCAUUGCCAUGUGUCUUGCCUCCACAUCCUAACUCGAUGUACAACUAGGAUAGUGUUUUCAAGAUCUGUUCCUGCUGCUGCUUUUGGGUCACUGGCCAGAAACUCCUCCAUUCAAGGCUGCACAAUCUCUCACUUGUAGUCCCUGCCACUCUCCUGUACCAGUGGGCAGCCCUGAGAGUUCAAAGGAAACAGACCCCUGUGGUGGUCCACUGCAGAGUAUAGGAAAUUAAGUCUGUGGCUCUUCUCUGCUGAUAAAACGGGCACCAAGCCCUGCCUCAAAAGAUCUCGCCAAUAAUUUUUGUCUUUGGGUGUUGAGCCCUGGAUUCUGGUGCUGUAGCUCCUGGUGCCAAAGUCUGGAUUGUUCCACAUUUUAGCAGCACCAACACCUGCUGCUAUUCAAAAUGUUGUGUGGAAAUGGGACAGCGGUGGGCUGCCAUUUUGAAAAUCUGAGUGCAAUAGCAUUUGAUUGUAACAAUUAUUUCAGGAUAUUUCUUUAAUCUGCACACUUUGUAGAACCGCUGUAAAGUAGGUUUUAUUUUUAAAUGCCUUCAGCAUUGCAGACAACGUUUAUACCAAGCAAGUGAAGUUUGGAGGGUUUGGUUCCUCUGGGCUUCAUGUGGAUUAAUAGGCUAGCUAUGAUUCCAAGGUUGGAAGGCACAUCAGUUCUGAAAAAAACCACCAAGAUGUAACCUUUGGGCCCAAACUGAAUGCUAGAGGAAGCCUUCAAAUAGAAGGGAGACCAAUAGUCAAAUUGUUGUCUAAAACAAGCCAAAUAUUCCCUUAGUCCCCACCAACACUUUUAUGACCAGUGCUUCUCUUUGGUAGUCUGGGUAGACAGCUAAACUGAGUCAGCAGGUGUGUGUAUCUGUGAGAGUUCAGAAUAGAGGAACUUGGUUUCUAGAACUGCCUGGCUGGAGGAUGAAGAGCUGGCUAAAUGCCAGGAGCUGGUGUCCUCCACCUGCUGCUGUUACCUGCCAUGGGUACUGACACAGUAAGAAAAGCCGCAGGGUGGCAGGCAGGGAGCUGUGCCAGGUCUGUUCCUGAGGCAGCGAAACAGUUCAGAGUAUGAGUUAAAGGGAUUUGUGUGGGGCCAAGGCUACAGGCAAGCUUGCACACCAGUCAUCCCUCUCAUGCAGGUGCCUAGACUAAUAGUGGACUUCUUGUCCUGGGCAGUGUUAGUUGUUAGAUUUAGUGGGUCAGUAAAGGAGCAGGGACGCAGAGGCUGGUCCCUGGCCACCUGUGUCGGCAUGGGUUUCUUCUGACAAAGACUGCUUUGUAAGAGCUGCUUUUUAGGGAUUACCUUUUGAACACCCUGAAUGGGGAACAGGGUUCUCAACACCUCAACCAAGGUCAUAGGAAAGAGGUCCUAUUUUCCUGCUGCUUCACAGCUCAGAACAUGUAUUGAACGGAAUGUAUUUUUAAGAGAAUAAAGUCUAUUUUUUGUAUUUUAAAGAUUGGGAGGGCUAGGAAGAUAGCCCUUAAAUAAACUUACGCAUGAUAGGCCCUUUGCUGGGGCCUCAGCUCUGUUGGUCUACACCUACUUGCCCAGGCAGGUGGCUCUGGCUUCACCUCUGCCCCUUGGAGUCUAGGUGCAGCAGCUUCUACAUUCCUGCUCCAAGUAUGGGACCAGAGAGGCCAGAACCUGCCUCUGGAAAGCAGGGCACAGCCUCGGGCCGUGGCUCAGGGCUCCUUGGGUGCAUGUGUAUAGUUGAAGCUGCCUGUCUGCAUGUGUCCUUACUUAGGCUGUAAUGCUCUCUGUUGGCUCUGCAGCACAAUAUUGUAACCAAUAAAGCUCCCUCAUUUCCAUA